GAUGGAUAUGAUCCUAGUAACAUCUAAGUCAGGGAUGAGGAUGAUAGACCGGCACGGUAAGAAAGGGUUCCUGGAGCUGGAUGAGCCGGCCUGGGCACCUGAUGACAACUUCAGAGCGUGUGUUGGGUGCAACAAAAUGUUUGGCUUGUUCAACAGAAAGCACCACUGUAGGCGCUGUGGGGGCGUGUAUUGUGGAGACUGCGCUACAGAGAAGGUGAUCCCAAUGCGCUUGCGCUUUAUAGAUCCAGUAAGGAUGUGUGGCAAGUGCCAGAAAAUUGCACGCUGGGAGAACGACUAUUUUAACAACUACCAGAUGAAGCUGAAGACUGGGGAGCAGCUGAUAGUGGAGACUGAGACAGGAGGAAGGGAUGAGGGGACGGUGUCGUUAGGGGGAGAUGGGGGAUUACUGCAAAUCACUUCCGAGACUAAUCCUGUCGUUCCUAUUCUUAUGGACGAGGUAACGAGUUUCAGAGUGACCGAGGAGGGGAGUGAUGGAGUCCACAUGCUCUCUAUAGACUCAUUCGGUGGGCGAAGUGUGAUCCUCGCUAAGACAAACCGCCCAGAGAGUGUUGUGUUUCUGAACGGUCUGCGUAAAGCACUUAGAAUGUCUGCCAAACCUGACCAUCAGAAGUCAGGACCUAGCAAUAACGAUGCCACGUGACAUGCUGUUAGUCAUUGAGUGGAUUGACUGGUUUAAAAUCUGUGUUGAUUGUUGAUAAAAUAGCUGGUUUUUUCUGUUGGAGUGAUAAUUUUUGUGUCCUUGAUUUAGUCAGACUGAGUGAGACCAAGUUGAAUAACACUUAAAAUUGGUCGUGAAUCUGUUGACCCUCCUGAUCUCGUUGAAGUGCUGAUCUCGUUUUGAUUGAUGUUGUUAAAAGACUCGAAACAUCCAAAUGCAGCACAAUGAAAUAGUGCUUGAUUUUGAUUUAGUUUAAUUAAAAGAUGUUUAAAAGUAGCCAAAGUAGUUAAAUGUUACAAGUUAUGUGAUAUUGAAAAUGUUUACUCAUAAGUGAUGAAUGACGACCGUCAAAAGAUACUUAUGGUCUGCAUGUAUUUUGAGUGAAGUCCAGAGCUUUGCUCGAGAUGGUCCCUUAGGUAAAAAAAUUUAGAUAAAUGAAGGCGGCUAAAAACAAGAUAGAAACUAGUUUGUCAUGUCAGAUGGUGCCAAGUUUGAAAAGAACAAGUUUUCUUUUAUUUUGUUUCUAGCUGUUUCAAGAUUUAUGUUAUUUCAUUUUGACGUAAUGAUAGAUUGUGGCGUUGAAUUCUGCACCAGUCUUGUGAAUUACAUGCUGUCGUCUUUGAUUUUUUAUGCUUGCUGCAGACAAGAUUGAUAUUUCACCGUGGUUAAUUUAAAUUUCUGAUUUACGUAAAGUUUAUUUUCUAAUCAUAAAUUAAAACAAUUAAAAUAAUCGUUUGCUUGCGGUCAGUUAUGAAUCCGUCUUUAAGAUGUAAUUUUAUAUUUCUGCGAUAUUAAACAAAACAUUUUGAAAUUUUAUCUGUUGAACUGUGUGAUUAAAGUCUAACCCUCCGAAAUUGUUGACCGUUAGACAUCCAAUCACUUUAAAUUUGUUACUUUGCGUAAGGCGCAUUGCAAAUUGAAUGAUAAAAUCAUGACAUUUCACCUCCCAGUAUGGACGCGCACGUACGUACAUAUAUAAUAUAUAUAUACGCGCGUUGUUUAUUUGGCUGUAUUAUAUUUUAUGCUGCUAGCUUGGUUGUACUCAUAUUUCGUGUUGGCGGCGGUUUUGUAUGAAGUUGCAUAAAGCUACUCAACCUUAGAUAGUUGCGUCAAGAACUACCGUCUUCCUCAAGGGAUGAGUCAUGUCCCUUCGUUCAACUCACUCCCUACAUACCUGCCACAUUCCUCUUCAGUCAUAAAAGAGUUCUGCAGUUUGGAGAAUAAUAUAACGUCACAAGCGCAAUUCCAAUGCGGGCGAGGAAUUCGUUAAUCUUCCUUGAGGCAAAUGUCAUGGGUUGAGCUGAGGAAAUUUCUGCAAUAUUCUUCUGGGAAGUGUUUCUAGAGUUUCUGAGUGCUGAUCUAGUUGUUAGAUUGACCAUGAUGAACCGCAGGAAUGUGAAAUAGAUUCCGAAGUGCGACAUAAAAAUCUCUAAAACUAUCACUGAUUCACUAACCUCGUUAGUUUUGAGGAACUAUAAUAUCAUUUAUGUGUCAAUUUAUCGCUAAUUGGUCGACUUGGUAGAUGUAAACAUAGUCUGCACACUGCACAUGAUGUCAUAAGAUGUUUGUGGACAACUGUCCGUGGACAACUGUCGGGACUCGGGCUAUCUGGAUUCUGCCACAGUUAAAUGUUAGGAUCAGUGAUGAAUGUAGAUGAAGAAUAAAGGACGUCAGGAAUCUGGAUUUAUUAG